AUGGCAAAGACUUUUAUUGAGGAUCAAGAAGUUAUGAGACCUAUGACUGAUUCCGAAAUUUGCGGUAUUAUUUUCAAUGGAAUAAUUGAUGGAACUGAUAUUGAGGUUAUCAAUGGGCCAGCUGAAACAAUAAUUAGAAUUAAUAUUGAUGCUAUUCAUAAUAAUGAAGAAUAUUGGGAAGAACUAAAUAAAUUUAAUCCUGAUAAAUGGAUGGUUAAAGGUUUUGAACCAAAGAAAAAUUCGUUUAUUAUAUUUGGUGGAGGAUUAAGAGUUUGUCCAGGAAGAAAGUUGUCAAAGAUUGAAUUAAUUUUAAACUAA